AUGGUUGUCUAUAACAAUGGUUCAAUCAUCUUAAACAUCUUCAAGCAGCUUGAGCGCUUGAAAUCCUGCUAUUAGACUGUUUUCAUCCUGUUGUUAAAACAGCUUAUAGCUUAAUAAUUACGUAGCUAUUAGUAAAUUAACAAUAAUGACGCCCGAACAAAUAGAUAAAUUGGUGGAUGAGCUAGAGAAACAAGAACUGGAGGCUUCUAAUGGUGCUACUCCUCAAACAUAUGAGAAACUGUUAGCUAUUUACCUCUAUCAAAAUGAUCUUUGUAAUGCUAAAUAUUUAUGGAAGAGGAUUCCUCCAAGUGUAAAAACAUCCACACCUGAACUAGGACAAAUCUGGGCUGUUGGGCAAUACAUGUGGAAGAGAGAAUUCUCAUUAGUGUACAAUGCUUUGAAUUCAGUCAAUUGGUCUGAGACUGUAGUGGAUAUUAUGAAAAUGGUGCAGGAAAAGGUGAGACUGAGGGCUGUUGAUCUCAUUUCACAUGCAUACUCAUCUAUUACUUUGGAUACUGUGGCACUGAUGACAGGAUUAACUCCUGAAGUGGCAGCAGGUGCUUGUGUGGAGAAGGGUUGGCAGUAUGAUGCAAAUACAAAAAUUGUGAAUCCUAUUAGGGGCUCUAUGGUGCCCAGUGGGCAUAUUUCCAGUGAGGAUCAGUUGUAUAAACUCACUGAUUUUGUUUCUUUUCUUGAGAAUUAACAGUGGAGAUGAUUUGAUGUGUAUUUAUUUAGAUUUAAGGCAAAUACUUUGUUUUUUUUUCACAAAGGUAACAAAAAUAAACGAAAAUAAGUUCA